UUCUACCGUCGCGCCACCACCCUCCCCUGCACCACCACCUCUGCCGUGUCGCCGCCACCUAUCCCGCACCACCAAUUCCGAUGGGCCACCAUGCCAACACCAACCCCGUGCCUCCGCACCACCGCACCACCGCCUCACCCAUAACGCCAUGCCACCACCUACCCGAUGCCGCCGCGCCACUUUUCCCACCGAUCUGGCGCACAUGUUCCUCCCCCCUGCUUCGGUCUACCAACUCCUCCUCCCUGCGUUACCGCUACACCACCGGUCCCCAGCUGCUGCUGGUCGCCGCUGUCAGAGGAGGCCAACGGCAGGGGGGCGACCUCCCCCUUCCCUUCUCGGUGGAUCCGUCGGCCAUGGCCUUCGGCAACUCCUGUACGCAUCGCCCUUACCUUUUCCUCCCCCAUACUACGGGACCCGCAAGAAGCCUCGUCUCUUCCUCCUCCACGACCCGAUCUCCUCCUAGGUUUUGCUCUCCACCACCGCGGAACGAGCCGGAAAUAGCGGCACGACACCUCAGAUCCGGCUUCCCCCUCCUCCAAGCCUGCCUCGUGGCCACCGAAUCAGCGGCCAUCGACGAGAAGCAGGUAUCAAGGGGGCUUGUGAUGCAGGAGGAUAAGCCCGCAGAGAACAAGAUCAAGCAGCCUACAACGAGUCCAGGUCCGGUCUAAGAUCCGGCGGGAUCCCCACCACGUGCCAUGCAAACCUCCGAAGCCGCAGUGGAGCAGCUCCACCAUGGUGGUCGUGGCCAUGCGCAUGGAUGCUAAUUUUCCUCACCGCUGCCACAACCUCGUCGAUUAGCCAUCCCUUUGUCCUCCUCUUCCACCUCCCCUCUUCUAUCACUGGAGUAGUACACGCGUGCAGAUGUACACUGCGACUCGUGUGCAGUACAGAUCGGGCAUCACGCGGGGUUGUAGUAUGGUGUGGUGGCGCUUCAUGACACAUCAAUUUUUUUUGACUCAUUUUGCAGUUGACUCGGUUGAGCGAGCGGUUCGGCGGGGCAGGUUCCAUGCAGUGCAUUUGUAGGUAUCAUGCAGUGCGGCAUUUAUGUUUGUGAAGUGUGCAUGUUCUAUCAAAUGAAGCACCAUUUGUUUGUGUAA